GACUUUACUGUUAGUUGCUGACACGAAACGUCACCACUACUUUUUCCUGGUUCUUCCCCGCCAUCGUUGGUCUCAUCCGGCCACUCGAAAACGAGGUGAGCUCGGUGACGGAGGAAACGAUGUCGUUUACUGCAUCUCCGCUAUCUGCACAGUUUCUUCCCACAAAACCUGCGUCCCAACGCUUUCGUGCGUGCGCCUCCGAUGUACCGGAUUUCUUCUCCGCCGACUGGCUUGAGGCCCGAAGGAAGAGGCCUUUUGGUCCAAGAUUGAGUUUCAGUGCAGAGGAAGCUGUGAGAUACCAGCUCGAUGCAUUGAUGUUUAACGACCUGCCUCAGCCCGAUUACGGCAUUGAAGUCAUGUACAGGUUUGCCGGAUUCGAUCCCUUUGAAAGAUCCACCUAUUUUGGUCCCUUCUUCGACUUAGGCCAGUUUGAAAGAUUUAGGCGGAUCUUCCACCAUUCAAGCUACCGCGUCUUGCUUGGUCACCGGGAACGAAAGAUUCUAAGUGGUCUAAAAGUGAAAGAGAAUUGCUACAAACAGCGAGUGUGGGUUAGAGGAUCCCGACCAGAAGAAGAAGAAGUAUUUCAGUUCACAAUGGUUCAGAGAGUAGGUGGGUCUUGGGAUGGUUAUUGGCUGACGGAAUCCCUGCUUCACGACGGAGAUUCCUUCUCCGGCGGUGUGGCAUACUGAACUUUUAUUAGAUUUUCAGCUAUACAAUGUAACUACAGCACCACUUGUAUAUUAUUACCAAAUCAUACAUACAUGCCAUUAAAUGAA